AUGCACGCCUCCUACAUCUCUCUGGCCUUCUUCGCCAUCGGCGCCAUUGCCGCACCCUCCGUCCCCAAGCCCAGCAGCAUGGGCGACAUGGCGGGUGGAUUCCCCUUCAACCCAUCCGGCUCCUCUAGCGUCGAGGACCCCGACAGCGAUGGCUUCGACAACCCCUUCCCUCAAGCCAUGCAAGCCCUCGAGCAGGUCCAGUCUGCCCAGGCUGAGCAGCCCACUCCCACUCAGGCCGCCUUCGCUAAGCCCACCCACGCCGCGAUGAGCUUCCCUGCCCCCGCCGUGUCGCAGGCCCCCGUCGCCGCCCCGGCCCCUAUUGUCUCGGCCAAGGCCUCUCCUUCUGCCGUUCCUUCCAGCCGUGGUCUCUUCCACUCUUCUGCUAAGCCUUCCGCUAAGCCCUCCGCUCAGCCCUCUGCCCAGCCAGCCGCUGAGCCCUCUGCUAAGCCUUCCGCUGCUAAGGCCUCUGCCACCCCUCACUCUUCCAGCGCCACUCCUUCUCCCAGCGCCUCUGCGCCCGCCGGUCCCCUCGGUGAACUCGUUCACGGUAUCCCCGUUGUCGGUGGCCUCAUCGGCGACGGCCUCGGCGGCCUUGGUCUCCGCCGUUAA